AAUGCUGAAAGGAGUAUUUUGGAGGAAUUCCAUCUUUGUCCUGAAUUAUUAUCUUGUCUGAAGAAUGGCAAAAAUAGGAAAUCUGGGGGACAGAAACAGAAAUCAAAACUACACCCAGAAAUCAAAACCACCCAAGAAAUGCUGCCUCAUUUCCCUGGAAGGAACAUUGUUCAGUUUACUGUAAAUCUGCUGAUGAUUCUGUGAUCACAGUCAAAGGUCAACCCACUCUUGGUGAUCCUCUGAAAUACAAUCUCUUGGUUCAUCUCAUAAAACAAAAACACAGUGUGAAGACACUGAGGGAAUGGUUUACAAAAAAAAAAACAAAAAACAACCUUACAACCAGAAAAGGUGAAUUUUGGUGACAUUUGAAUCUUCACUGUGAGCAAACUGGAUCCAGAUUCCAGCACAGAAAUCUUAAAAUGCAAAAGAAAAACAAGGGACAAGCUGGGCUAAUGACAGAGCUGAAGAAGUGUCAACACCGAAAACGCUCAGGUUGGCAGGAAUGGUGUUCACAGGGACAUGGGAGUCACAGCAAAUAUUCUCCUCAAGGCUGCUCACUCCUGACUAAACUGUGUUUGCAGCAGGAAAAGCCAAAUUCUUGCCCAGAGGCAGUGCAGUGCUCCAGAUGAGUCCCAUGCCUACUCCAGCUACAUUGGGUGAGGGGCCGACAUCACCAAUGGUGGAGGAGUCCAACGCAAUUCCUGAUGGCUCCGUGUGUCAUUUUCAUUCUUGGCAGGGAGAGUUUAUCUUCUGUGACUUCACCUUCCAUAAAGUUUGAGUGGAGUUCACCUAAAAUGCCCGUGAGCUCCGUGGAGGGAGGUUGGCAGUGAUGAGCAGUUCCUCUGAGGUCCCUUGGACACCUGAGUUUGGGAUGAAUCACCCUCUGGAGAGGAAACGGCCUCAAGCUGAGCCAGGGGAGGCUGAGAUUGGAUGCUAUAUCCAGCCUCAAAGCAGGAAUCAAUGGAAAACACAUUGAAAAGAGGAUUGUGUCCAUGUGGAGGAGGAUUGGCAUCCAUUUCCAAAGUGGGAAGAUUGAGUUGUACCAGUUUUGCCCUUGGUUAUCCAUCUAAGAUGCCUGUGCAGGUGAGUGAGUGCCCGAGCACCCAAGGACACGUCAGCACAAAGUGCUGGCCAGCCUCACAAAUCCCUACUCAAAUCCAUCUUUCUGGGAAAGAUUUGAGUUCUCUUCUCCCCUCCCUGGCUGCUCUCUCAGCUUGGAUCAUGGUAAGGCAAUAAGGAACCAGCUGGAGAUUCCUGGCUAUUGGCUGGGCCACUGUCCCUUCAUUGUCACUUCACAAUGACCUGAAGAGAUGUGAGGCCACCUCUGGGUGAGUUUGGUUUCUCCUGAUUUUGAUAAAACUCAGCCCCAGCAGGUCCCAGCUGAAUUGCAGCUGUCGCUCAGAAAGUGAUGUAAGAAAGCAGGGGGAGGGAAAAGAAGAAACUGCCCAAACCUCAGCAAGGGUUUGUUCAUCUUCAGGGCUGCUUUUGUGCUGGAGUGGUUUGGAGCAGGGUGCUGACAUCUGUUUGGAACAAAUGCCACGUUCUGUCCCUCCAGCUCCACCCUGCACAAGUCAGUCCUGAUUAUCUGUGUGGAUGUGGUGCUGAAAUCUGGUCCUGAGCUAUGAAAUUUGCUCUGUAACCUUUUGUCAUUCCCAAAAUGAAAAUUGUCCAAGCACAUCCUCAUCCCACAACUUUCCUUGGAAAUUAUCCUUGACCCUCACAUCCUUCUGAGGGAUGGAAAACAUUGAGAGAUCUCUAAAGCCAACAAGAUCAGGGCAGGAGCCCAGAUUUCUCCUCUCUGAGCCACUGCUGCCCAAAAUCUUGAUAAAUACCAAAAUGGCUAUUUUAAUGGUGAGAAAUCCAUUUAAAAAACCAAAAACACCCCCCAAAAAACAAAACCAAAAACCUAGAAUUGUAGAAAUGUGAAAAAACCUUGCUAUAAUAGUAGCAGAGUGCUGAGAAUCAGGCAAGAUGGUGCCCACGGCUCAGUUUAAAAAAAUAACCAACCAGAUUAAUGGGCAUAAUCAAGCCUGACAUUGAGUAAGAGGCAAGAACAAGUAAUCAGAUCCCAACUUAGCUGAUGCUGGCAUUACUGGGAGCCUGGGGCACAGUCCAAGGAUAAAAACAUAAUGUCUUAUCUAAGCAAGGAGUCAUUUGUGCACCACUGGUUACAACACGUCCUUAAAAAGGGAAAGAAGGAAAAGGAAAAUAUGGCACAUGAAAUUAUUUUAUUUCCCAGAAACGAUAAGAAAGUAAAGCUGAAAGUUUCUACACCCAAACUUUAUAGAGGAAAAGCCUAUCUGGAGUUAACCCCUUGCAAUGUCCUCUGUAAAGCCCCAGGAUACGGAAAAAGAUAUUAAAAAAAAAAUUGAAAUGGGGGUUGAAUCAAAUUAGUAUAAUGCAAACAGUUAAAACCUCAGAUUUUUUGAGUAUUUCUUGCUGUUUGGAGAUUGCUGGGAUCCUUGGGGCCAGCCUGCUUCUCGGUUCAGUGAGAGUUCAGGCAGUCUGGCAAUCCCAUCCUUUUGGCCAAGACUCCUUUUCUGGCAACGCGUCUCCCUGUUUCUCAAGAACUCUUCUUUUCCUCCCAAUUCAACAGGAUGUUGACCUGGAUCUCUCAGAACAGCUCAUGGAGAGGAAAGACCCUCUGACACAAAACCCACUUCACUGGAGAGGGAACUGUAAUGUCAGGGAGGGCAUCUGGAAGAUCAAAGUGGGAAUAAACCAAUCACUCCAAGCUGUAUGGCUUUGCAUGGCUGAGUUUUGUUUCCAGCCUUUUGAAGCACAGCUCAUGUUCUUUCCUUAACAAGGAAAGAACUUUUUGUAAAAUUCAGGAAAUCAAAAAAGCUGGUUAGUGUAAAAUUCAGUAAAUUAUAAAAAAAUCCAGACCAAACAUCAUGGGCCUGUGGGGGAAAAACUGGAAUUUAAUUUCUGUACUACAGACCUUUCCCAGAAAAGCCAGGCAUGGGCCAGCGUGAAAUGUAACACCACACAUCUGUGGGGGAUUCUGCCCAGUCCUCCCAGCCUUUUCCAUUUCCAUCAUUUGCCAUGUUUGGAACCUUCCAUGAUGACAAUUCAUCGGCAGAGCCCAGCUCUUCCCCAGAGGGAGCUCUGGGACACUGGGGCUGCCUGGAGUCGGGAUGAAGACACAGGUGAGAGGGAUGGAGGGUGCUGGGUGGAAGUCACCUCCUCCAGCUCUCCUCUGCCUAUGGAGCAGGGUGAGAACAUGUGUAGGGCAUGAAUGAAGCAUCAUUUCCCCCUUCCAGCAGCAACUCACAGUGUGAGCACUGUGGUGUCUCACAGAAAUCAGGUUCUCCAUGCUGACCUGCCUUAAUGGUCCUCAUUCGGUGGGACAUUGAUUUAUUGUCCUCACGAGCCUCAGGUGACACCGUUUGCUCUUCCCCCAAGGGCUGGUAGGCCAGCAAGGUGACAAUUGGUGAUUGGAUGUGACCACUGUGCCCUGGGAGAGUGACACAUGUGUGUGUCGGCCUCUCCCCAGCCCUUCUCAAAAUGUUUGUGCAGGAGCAGCCAUAAAUGCUGCUGUAUUGACCCGAAGAUGCAAUCCAAGGCGUUUGAGCCUGGGCCUUAUCUGCAUCACCUUAUCAGGAGCCAGAGAGCGAGAUGCACCCCGGGAAGGGAGGGGACUGUGCCAGAGGGUUUGGCCUCGUCCCUUCUCUUCUGGCACGGGGAGGGACUGCGGGCAGAGCUGGGUAAUGAUUUGUCACCGCCAGGAGCGGGGUGUCUCUCUCUGCAGAGGAAACCUUGGCCGUGAUUGACAGCGGGGCUGUUUCUGCCACUUCCCUCGCUGUUGUCAAGUAAUAAUGAAGCUUUGUCAGUCCAUCAUGGACAUGGAUAUGCCAGAUUAUGUCGACUCCUUGGACUCCUCUUAUACCAUGCUGGAAUUCGACAACCUCCGCGUGCUCCCCAACAACACGGAGGCCAUCGCGGCCGAGUCAGCAAACCCCAACCUGCUCCCCAACGGUGUCAGCUCCCUGUGCUCCAUCUGUGGGGACAGAGCCACUGGCAAGCACUACGGGGCCUCCAGCUGUGAUGGCUGCAAAGGCUUCUUCAGGAGGAGCGUCCGCAAGAACCACGUCUACUCCUGCAGGUUCAACCGACAGUGUGUGAUAGACAAAGACAAGAGGAACCAGUGCAGGUACUGCAGGCUGAAGAAAUGCUUCAGAGCUGGCAUGAAGAAAGAAGCCGUGCAGAAUGAGCGUGACAGGAUCAGCAUCCGCAGGAGCAGCUAUGAGGACAAUGGCUCCCUCUCCAUCAACAUCCUCACCCAGGCUGAGGCCAUGGCACAGCAGUAUUUACCCCUGAGCCCCGUGCACAGCGCAGACAUUGCCAUGAAGAAGAUUGCCACCAUCAACGACGUGUGUGAAUCCAUGAAACAGCAGCUCCUGGUGCUGGUGGAAUGGGCAAAAUACAUCCCAGCCUUCUGCGAGCUCCCCCUCGACGACCAGGUUGCCUUGCUCAGAGCCCAUGCAGGUGAACAUCUGCUCCUUGGGGUGGCCAAGAGGUCCAUACCAUACACUGAUUUCCUGCUGUUAGGGAAUGAUUUCAUCAUCCCAAUGCACUGCCCGGAGCUGGAAAUCGCUCGUGUGGCCACCAGAAUCUUGGACGAGCUGGUGAAGCCCCUGCGGGACAUCCAGAUCGACGACAACGAGUACGCCUGCCUGAAAGCCAUCAUCUUCUUUGACCCAGACUGCAGAGGGCUGAGCGAGCCGGGCAAGGUGAAGAACAUGCGCUUCCAGGUGCAGGUGAACCUGGAGGAUUACAUCAACGACCGCCAGUACGACUCGCGGGGCCGCUUCAGCGACAUCCUGCUGCUGCUGCCGCCCCUGCAGAGCAUCACCUGGCAGAUGAUCGAGCAGGUGCAGUUUGUGAAGCUCUUCGGAGUGGCCAGGAUCGACAGCUUGCUGCAGGAGAUGCUGCUGGGAGGAACCUCUGCCGAUCUCCAGUACCAGUCAGCACCUCCCAACCUCAACCUGGAACCACUGCCAGGACAUGUCCUGCAAAGCAACAUGACCUCUGUGAUCCACACUGCUCCAGACCCCUCUCCUGAGACAUCCCUUCCAUCUCCCUCUGCCAGCACAGGCAGUGAAGACUAUAAGCUAGGCUCUAGCGCAGGGCCCAGCACCGUGGUGCAGCUGCUGCCUCACACAGCCAUGCCCAAGCAGGAGAUUUGAUAGGGAGAGGAGGAAGGAGGAGCUGGGAGCUCGGUGGGGUCCGUGCUGACGGUGAACAG